UUAGAAGGAAGCUUUCGGAGAUGUUAUCAAAACGCUCUCUGCUGCAAUGAACUCCAUCCAGAAUUUCACGCACCUAGCCAAAGGCCAACGCAACUCACACACAUCUUCAUCCACGCCUGCAGCUUCUGUAGCAUCUUCAUCGUCGCUAUCAUCUGGCGCUUCCUCAUCCUCCGACCCUUUUUCUGCAUAUCAAAUGCCAGUUCCCACGAGAUGUCCAUCAUCUGUUGUUGAAAGUCCAAGCUUCUCUUCUUCCGUUGUCGGGUAUGCUUCAAACCACCGAAAUGCAACACCUUCACCUUCACCUAGUUUCGCCGACACUACCGUUUCACAAUCAAACUACCAGAAUACCGGUAAUUCAUAUAGCGCAUCAGACUACUGGAACGAGAGUUCUUCGCGUUCUAUGGGUUACUUUGACUCUGAUAAACCACACGUACGCCUCAGCCACCAUUCCGAGCUCACACCGCAUCAGGGUAGGUCGACCAGCAACUUGGCAAUUGAGGACGCCGCACAAGCUCUUUCGAAUUCAUCGUCCGAUGUCCUUUCGAGUCAAACACCGUUUCGGCGUUCCUCGUCAGGAUACACGACGCCGAUGGGAGGUGAUAACUUCAGUGGGUAUGCUGAUAAUAUGCCUGCUGGACAGUCGUCGCAUCUGCGUUCGACUGUGUAUGAGAGCCGUUAUGGGAUGGCAAUCAGAAACUCAUCAGGAGGACACUACACACAGACGUCUGGAUGAAUCCUUGAAGUCCGAAAUGUACGUUCUGGAGAGAUUCUCCUUCUGUUCCUAAA